GUGUGUGGUGAUGGUGGGAGUGACGUUGUGGGUUCCAACCUCGCCCUCGCCUCUGGGUCAGGUGGACGCCACUGAGGCUACCUCCGGAGCUGGACCUCGAGCUUCACACACCUGGGAAAACGACACUCCUCUUGAGGCCAGAGAAAUGGAAAUGACGGCUUCUGAUGCAGAUAAGUGGGUUUGGUCAACAUCCGAAGAGACCUCCAAAGACGAUAGCCCCACGAAGGUCAGUCAGAGUCGCAACUUGUUCACGUCCCUUAUCGCUCCCUUCAUGGGCGGACGCCAGCGUCCCCGAGGCAGUCAUCGGGGACGCGAGAAGCCCAAGCCGGCGGUUUGGAGACCAGGUUAUCCCCGGCACCCUCCCCGGCGCCCCGUCGCUGUACCUAACUCAUUCCAUCCCUCCGGUGUGGGACCACAUCAUGUCCAGUCGGACAUCCGGCGGCCACCACACUUCAUCCCCGAACAGUCUCCUGGUGACUACUUCAGCGAGCUUGACGCAGCACAACCUAUAGCAGACGCUAACUCCAUUUCCUCCGUCAACAUAGACCCUUCAGAGUUCUCUUUCCCCAGAGAUGAAGAUGUUGUUUACGUUAAUGAUGAUAACAAUUUCCAACAAGACACCGGGAGCUUUAUCCCUGUUUCCUUGGGAAAUAAGCCAAGCAUACACCUUCCGACCAGUUUUCAACCACCUCCGAAAUUUUCCGAAGAUGAAAUCUCGACAACGACUUACUCGUCGUCGGAAAACGUUGGCAUCAAUGAUUUCAUGUUACCUCCUCCAGUCAACGAUCUCUCACAGAUAAUCGAGGAAACAGAUAAGUUCUCACUACCUUUCGUACCAUCAACAAACACUUUGAAUUCAUUGAACGUCGAAAAUGACAAUCUCUUUUUCACCGGAGACUUGCCUGCUUCUAACAAUAAAAUCGAGGGGCAAGGUUUCACGCCCGCACAACACGUUCAGGAACAACCGUUACAACCAGAAGAAUCAAAAUCACAACAGCCAUCACUAGAACAACGUGAACCUCAGAUUAUUUCAUCGCCGUUUGUACCUUCACAACCCGAAGAACACUCCUCGAUAUCCCCGCUGCCAGAGCCACAGGCUCUUCUGUCUCCACCACUGGCGUCACAACACCAGCAACAUUCCCUGUCAUCUCCACCUACAGCAUCACAAGACAGUCAACAGAGUUCUUCUCCGACGUUACCAAAUCAGCAUCAGCUUCAUUUCUCGACGUCACAGACUACAUCUUCGCAACAGCAUCAACCAACGCAUCAACAACAUCAAUCACUGCAGCAACAACAACAUCAGUCACAACAACAACAACAACAUCAGUCACAACAACAACAAUCACAGCCACACCAACAUCAGUCACAGCCACAGCCACAGCAACAGGAAUCACAAUCCCAUCAGUCACAACCAGAGCAACAUAAAUUACAAAUGCAUGAACAUCAUUCACAACAACAGCAAUAUCAGUCACAGCCACAACAACAACAACCUCAACCACAUCAACAUCAGUCACAGCCACAACAACAACAAUCUCAACCACAUCAACAGCAAUCAAACACACAUCAACAGCAAUCAAACACACAUCAACAGCAAUCAAACACACAUCAACAGCAAUCAAACCCGCAUGAACAACAAUCACACACACAUCAACAACAUUCACAACCUCAGCACCAGUCAUCAACCACAUCAAUAGCCGGAUCAUCAGCAUCUUCCCAAACUUCCCAGACUACCCCCCACGAUUCUCAACUGUUCCUAGUAACAUCUCUUCCACAAAGUCCCGAAAUAACGACGCCUCAAGGCAUCUCUGAUUCGAACCCCACAAAACGUCAAGCAACUUCAGAGUUCAGGCAGGAAUCAUCGUUCUCCCAAGGUCUGAACCAUAUGUUAGACAACUCAUUCAAACAGAUGUCGCAGCCCUCGCUCUCCCAGAACCAAAAUCACUCAUUCGAGCCUCUGCCAGGCUUUAAUAAAGAGGACCUGGGACCUCCAGGGAGUACAACUGAGGGGUUCCAGCCCUUUGAGAGCAGCGACGAGUUCUUUGAUCACAUCUUCGCAAAGACCAAUUCCUUUGGAGAGAAGAUUGUAGCUGUGGUGACUGCGAUAACUCCUGCGCCUCACCAGCAGCCUGAGACACGGGAUAAUCCCAGUCAGUCUACACCCGCCGGAACCUCCCCGCUGACGACCGGAUCCACGUUCCAGACUGUGUCAUUUUCAGAAAGCAUCUCAGGAACCCUGAGCCCUUCUUACCAAACUUCAUCUUCGUCUUCCGCCGUCUUUCACCAGCCUCCCACGAUCUCCAUAUCAACACCAAGCUCGCCUCAGGGAAGGUCCACUUGGUCAGCCAACGGCAUCACCAACUCACCUUCAAUUGAUGGCCCGUGGAGACCCCUUUCAGAGGACGAGAGCGUGACGGCGCCCUUAGCUGAGGUCGGCGACGCCCCCCACCCGACCACCACCACCUCCCCCCUCCACGAUAUGUUCCAGCCUGGAGGAAUUUCAGAUUUUCUAUCAUUAUCGUCGAGCUCAGGCAACGAGGAGAGGGGGCGGGAGAAGCCUAUCGCGGACGGGCCAUCGGACCUCGAGAAUUUUGAUAUGAUUGUGCUUCCUUACAAGACUGUGGAGGACAAAACGAGCCAGACUCCAGGGACACAAGAGGUCUCUGCUCGCCCUGAUCAGGCGAAGGAGGAUGUUUCGGUGUACCUAUUGAGAAGACAGACACCUAAGGGCACAGACGGACCCAAUGCCGCCGCCAGUGACCACGGGGCGCCCAGCGACCCAAGCUCCACCUCCCACGUGUUGGACAAGGUGGCCAGCCAGCUCCAGACAAUCAACCAACAUCAUGCAACCAGCCAGAGCCAGGUCACCAGCCAGCCCCAAUUCUCCAGUCAUAACCAGGUCACAAGUCAAAAUCAGGUCACCAUUCAGAAUGAAGUCACCUCCAAGCGUGACCUAGAGCGUGAGCUGUUUCCAACUUCCGGGGAAGAUAUAGAAGAAUUUAUGCAGGUGCUGGGGUCACUGGCGCCACCACCAGCGUCCUUCUGUGAGCACGGCUUCUGUCAGGACCACUCCCACGACAACAAGUAAUUCCACCUGCACCGACGCCCACCUAACUGCACCAGACGCCCACCUAACUGCACCAGACGCCCACCUAACUGCACCAGACGCCCACCUAACUGCACCAGACGCCCCCACCCCAUUUGCAUUACUACACGACCACUUGCACUGUUAUUAGCGCACCUCCACCCCAUGUAACAAGACAUAGUUGUAUACUCUGUACCACCCGUAUGACUAUCCUUUCCCAGCUACUUUGCUGUUCUUCCUGUUCCAUUUCUUCUUCAUAAUUCCACCAAUGUAUUUAUUUAAUUCACCUUGCUCACUCACCCACCUUUACCACUACAAUAUAGCCCACCAGUACAGCCAUCCGCAUGUGCUACCAUCCACCCGUAGAACCACCCAUCUGUACGGAGCCUCUGCCCACUAUCAUACAUGUAGAACCAUCCUAGCGUUUGUCUGCACUUCAUCACAAAAUGAACCAGCACAAACAAGACUAGUUGUAAACUAAUAUUGUUUUGUUUAGAAGAACACUUUUUUGUUUUACAAUAUGGGGAUUAUUUAAAACUGCCACUACUUUAAAUAUUUUUACCGUAUGGUGACUAUUUAAAACCACAUACUGUAUUUUACCAUAUGAUGACUAUUUAAAAUUACAUAUUUUUA